ACUGGUGCCUUCGGGCAUUUGGUCAAUUUGAAACGAUACAGAGAAGAUUAGCAUGGCCCCUGCACUAAGGAUGACACGCUCAAUCAAAGAGAAGCUACCAGUUUUUUUUGCAACUUUUACAGACUUCAUUUGAGAGGUAUGUUGUUUUUGAGGCCAGUCUGGUGUGGUUUGUGGAGGAUGGGGGUUCGAAUCGCGGCUGGGAUGGUCUUUUUUCUUUUCCUUUCUUAUUGGUUAUGGGGGCAGUUGGCUAGCAGCACUACGGGUGAUAUUAGGGGUCACCCGGAAUUUGAAUAAUGUUUAAGGCCAUUAGAAG